AUGGCAAAAGGUCGAAAGCUGACGAUAAGCCAGAGCGAGAGGUACCUGGGAAGCAGCUACAGUUACGGUAACAGUAACGGAAACUCCGUCACCGACGAAUCAGAGCUCACGGAAGAGGACAUCUGGUCACACGCCGUUGAUCACAGCCCCGUGGAUCAGCCAGAGAUGCCGGAAUCGCCUGGCGCGUGGAACCCACGCGAUGUGGUGGUGAGGAACGGGCGCGUGGGUGGUGGUCUAUCUCUCGCGUUUGAGGACACGUCAUCUUCGCCGAGGAUCGUGCACCAGAUACGCGGUGGUGGAGAAGGAGGCGGUGGAGGAGUAGGAGGAAGAGCCCAUCGGCAGUUAGCGUCGUCGGCGCCGGUGAACGUGCCGGACUGGAGUAAGAUCUAUCGAGUCAACUCGGUUGAGUCGAUACACGAGUCGGAGGAAGAGGACGAUGAAGACACCGGGAUGAUGCCGCCGCACGAGUACCUUGCGAAGAGCCAAAAACGGCGGAGCAGAAAAUCUGGUGGUGGUGGAGGCGGCGGCGCGUCGGUGUUUGAAGGAGUUGGAAGGACUCUCAAAGGACGAGAAUUAAGGCGCGUUCGCGACGCGAUUUGGAGCCAAACAGGGUUCUACGGCUAA